ACCGUACAAUAAAAUUGCAAAUGGCGACCGUGACGGACCGACAAUGUGUAAAACGUGAAACAUUUGGCGUGUAAACUGUCUGUGAUGAAUCUGGUUGACUCCUAUGUUUAUGAUUCUACAUUAAAUGUUUUAUCGAUCGUCAGUUUUUGCAUCUUUUCCGCCUAGUAUUCGCAGUAUUAACCAUUUGACCAAUGAGGAUCGACAUAUAGAUCAAGUAAAGCUCAACUAGUGAUUGUAUGCCUAAUAAAAAGCCAGCGAUACUGAUACGGCCUCGGCUGCAGGCGAAGUCGAAGACCAAGCCCAAGAAGAAGGAGAAGCGCCUCGGGGGACCAGCCCGUGGGAACGACAUGGAUAUGCCAGGGCCGCGUGGUCCAGGGCCAGGCAUGCCUGGGCCAUUUCAUCCUUCAGAAAUGCAGCCGGGCAUGAUGCACCGUGAUGGUCCUAGGUUUCCCAUGCAUGAUAUGGGCGGUCCCGGUCCUGGUCCCGGUCCAAGAAUGCAAGGCCCAGGCAUGCCCAUGGGUAAUAACAUGAUGGGCAACCAACCCCCCUGGGCGCGACCUAACCACGGUCCUAUGAAUCAACCAAUGCCUAACCAGCCUAUGGGCAUGCAGCAACAGCAGCAGCAGCGUCGGGAGUAUGAUGCACCUCCUAUGCAGUACGGCCAGGCACACCAGCAACAGAGAAUGCCACAUCCGCAGCAGAUGCCAUUUCAACAGCAGAACCAGGGAGUUCGUCCGCCAUUUCAGCAACAGGGUCCAAUGCCUUUCCCAGGUCCUCAACAGCAGGGACCAAUGCCACAGCAGCAGUUCCCUCCAAGCUCUUCACAAAGUGUCAACUUGACGCCGGGCUGGAAAGUAGGACUCUAUGCCAGUGAAAAGAACCAGAUGCAGCGUAGUCCAGAUGCUCCACCCCCUGGAGAUGAUGAUGAUGAUGAUGGAAAGAAAAGAAAAGCAGCCAGCAAGGCCAGAAGAAGGGAGAGACGGAAACAGGAGAGAGAAAAGCGGGAGGCUGAAAAUAAUGCAGAAUCUGCUUUAUGGGAUGUUGUCACGUCCAUCGUUAGCUUCCCAGACGACGGUGAAGAAGAAGAUCGGGAAUCCCGGGGUCAGACUGCAAGGAAUCAAGAUCCAAGAGUGCGUGGAUCCCGAGAACGAGACUUGAUGGAACGGGAACUAAGAGAGCGGGAGUUACGAGAUCGAGAACUCAGGGAGCGAGCCUUGAGAGAGCGCGAAUUGGUGGAGCGACAAAUAUGGGAACGAAAUGUGAGAGAGCGAGAAAUGAGAGAACAAGAAUUGAGGGAAAGGGAUUUAAGAGAGCAGGAACAGGAAUCAAGGGAGAAGAAAUUGCGAGAAAUCGACCAGAGAACGCAAGAUCCGAGGGAACGUAAUCUGAGGGAAAGAGCAUCAAGAGCCUUAAGCGAAGGGCCUUCUAGACGAGAGGAACAUAGACCGGGAGAUGGUCGGGAUGAUAGGCUUAGAAGCAGUGGGAGUGAUCGCAGGAGAGAUGAUGACGACCGGAGAAACGCUGAUGAUCGAAGAAGAGAUGACGGACGGAGAGAUGAUCGUGAUCGAAAGCAGGAUGCUACCCGAGGAAGAGAAGAGGAUCGAAGGAGGGAUGAGGAUCGAAGAAGAGACGAGGAUCGAAAGAGGGAUGAGGAUCGACGGAAGAAAGAAGAUCGAAGAAGAGACGAGGAUCGAAGGAGGAAUGAAGAUCGAAAAAGAGGUGAGGAUCGAAGGAAGGAUGAGGAUCGCAGGAGGGAUGAGAAUAGAAGGAGGGAUGACAGCAGAAGCAGAGGACAAAAGGAGACUAGCCCAAGUUCAAGAGAUCGUCAACCAGGCAGCAGAAGUCAGGACAGGCACACCGAUGACCGGGACAGUCGAGACAGGUAUAAAGAUGGUCAGAAGAGUCGCAGUUCCAGUCGAGGAAAUGUAAAAGAUUCAGAUACCAGUAAAAACCCUGACAGAGGAUCAUCCCAGCAAGGCCCAUCAAAGGAUCGAGAUGCCUCAAAGGCCAGGAAACCUUUCAUCGCCAGUCAGCAGUGGACGGGUAACCAGUUUCAAGAGACCUGGAACCAAGCAGUCAUACAGUCUCAAGAAGAGUGGGCCGAGAAAGCCAAGAAGGAAGAACCGACGAGCCUAGCUCAUAUAGCGAAAACCCAGGAACAUGUUAAGAAGGCAUUUAACAAGGAUGACCUGAUGCAGCAACCCAUGGACAUAGACAGUGACGGUGACGAACCCGUCUCGCAGAUGAUUAUGGAGGAGAUGGCCAAGGAAACGGCGCAUGCAGCUGUGAAUAAAAUCCGGGGGAUCCUGAGGACAGCCGGGAAACAAAACCAGAAAGAAGGAAACCUGAAAGGAGACAAGAAGAACCUUAACUUUCAGUGGACUGACAAGUCUAAAACAAAGGGUGACUUUAGGUGCAUUAUUUGCUCUCUAAACUUCACAACUCAAGCGCUUUUCAUAAAACACUGCUUGACCCCUGAGCAUCUCGAGAAGCUCAAGGUUCGUCGAGAGAAAGAAGAAGCUCUUUUAGAGUAUUACAACCGCCCUAAGAGUGCCAGCAAGGACAAGGCCAGUGCAGACCUGAAGCAAAAGGAAGAUGCUAGCAUCUCCAGCUCAAGAGGAGCGAAAGGCUCAACUAACUUAGACUCUCAAGGAAAAGCCAGUACGUCCUUCAGGAAGUCGGGUACGGUAGGUGAGCUGUUGGAGCGGCAACAGAGAGGGUCCAACCGGCAACCAUCCUCAAGGGAAAUGGAGAUUGAUGACUCCGUAAAGGAGUCUUCGGGAGGCCCUGCAACCUUGUCCAAUGAAGAGCUGUCGAUGAUUGAGGCCAUGGCCAGUCAGGAGAGCGAACAGGCUGAUCUAAUGACUGGUCAUGAAUCUAGCUCCGUUCCUUGGACAGACAACAUCCAAUCUGCAAAGGAAGUAAUAAAAGUUGAUGACAGUUCUGGGUCCCUUGCCAAUGAAGGAGACACCGAAAGCCUAUUGAAGGAGGACAUAUUACGACAGCAUGAGCGUAUUCCAGGGGUAACAGAAAAUGAGAUGAUCGGCCAAAACUACAUCAUUCCAGUGACAGGCUUUUUCUGCAAGGUGUGUUCCAAGUUCUUCAAUACCAAGAAACUGGCCUUUGAGGUUCACUGUAGGAGCAACAAACAUCAUACCAAGACUUUGAUCCGUAAUCGCCAUGAAAAUCUCAUCAUGCAGCAAUUGGAGGCCAAAGCCAAGAAAAUUACUGACAACAAAACUCCAGAAGAGUCAAGUCCAGAAGUUUCUGGUUCUCCCCAAACUGUUACACCAAGCAGCAGCGUUCAGGUGACCGUUGGCAGAACUCAGAUAGUGGUCCCCGAACGCCCAAAAGACCAGCAUUUAACAGAGGUCUUGAUGAAAGAAGAACUGAUAAAGAAGAUCACAACAUUCCAGGAAGAGGCACAGAAGAAUGGGAUGACACCAGCACUGCAGCGAGAUAUUGAAAAGCUGAGGAACCAGCUUCGAAGUCACCAGGUUCGCGAAGAGAAAGACAGACAGGACAGAGAGAUCAAGCUCCAACAGAGACUGCUGGAAGAGCAGCAGAAGAGCGAGGAAAAGGCGAGGGAGAUGCGGAUCUUGGAGAUGAAAAUGAGAGAGGAGCAACGGAAGAUUGAGAAGCUGAAGGCUCAGGAGAUGCAACUGGAGCAGCUUGCAGAGAGGGAACGUGAGAGAGAAGCACUUAUGCAACAGAAGUUGCUUCAGGAGAGGCUUCUACAAGAGCAGUUACAGGUGGAGCUGCAGCAUGAGCAACAGCUGAGAGCAGAACUUCUUUUGCAAGAUCAGUUGAGAGCAGAAGAGAUGUUGUUCAGGGAAAGGUUUGCUGCUCAGCAAAAGUUGCAUGAAGAAUUGAUUCUUGCUGCAAAGCAACAGCAAGCGCAGAAGGUGAUUGAAGUCCAUGUACAGCAAGAAAGAAUGCUGAGAGAGAAGAUAGCUCGGGGAGCACAGCUUGGCAACAUGAGAGGUCAGGGACAGAUGUCACAGGGGCAGAUGGUUCAGAAGCAAAUAGCACAGGAGCAAAUGGUCCAGUUGCAGAGAGCACAAGAGCAAAUGAUUCAGGAACAAAGGGUACAGGAGCAACGGGUUCAGAUGCAGAGAGCACAAAUUGCCCAGGAGCAAAGGAUGCAAGAGCAAAGAGCUCAAGAGCAGAGGGCCCAGAUGCAUAGAGCACAGGAGCAGAUGGCCCAGGAACAGAGGGAACAGGAACAAAGAGCUCAGAUGCAGAGGGAACAGGAACAAAGAGCUCAGAUGCAGAGGGAACAGGAACAGAGGGCUCAGAUGCAGAAGGAACAAGAGCAAAGAGCUCAGAUGCAGAGGGAACAGGAACAAAGAGCUCAGAUGCAGAGGGCACAGGAGCGGAUGGCCCAGGAACAGAGGGAACAGGAACAAAAAGCUCAGAUGCAGAGGGAACAAGAGCAAAGAGCUCAGAUGCAAAGGGAACAAGAGCAAAGAGCUCAGAUGCAGAGGGAACAGGAACAAAGAGCUCAGAUGCAAAGGGAACAGGAACAGAGAGCUCGGAUGCAGAGGGCACAGGAGCAGAUGGCCCAGGAACAGAGGGAACAGGAGCAAAGAGCUCAGAUGCAGAGACAAGAGCAGCAGAGGGCCCAGGAGCAUAGGGCCAUUGAAGCACUACAUGCCCAUGAAAGGAGAGUCAAAGAAGUGGCAGAAAAGAAAGAGAAAGAAAGGAAACUUGCUCUUUUGAGGAAAAUAGAAGAACAAGAAAGAAUUCGAGCUGAACAUGAGAGGAAAGAUAAGGAGGAAAGGGAAAGGAGAUUUGCCAUGGAGAAGAAGAGAGAGCAAGCCGAACAAAGAGUUGUUCAAGAGCUGAGGGAAAUAGAAAUUAGGGAACAAAGGGACAGAGAAGCUAGGGAACAGAGAGAAAGAGAAGCGAGGGAACAGAGGGAAAGAGACACUAGAGAACAAAGGGAAAGACAAGCUCAGGAAUUGAGGCAAAGACAAGCCAGGGAACGGGAACAGAGGGAACGACAAGCUCGGGAACUGAGGGAAAGAGAGGCCAGGGAAAGACAAGCUCGGGAACUGAGGGAUAGAGAGGCCAGGGAAAGGCAAGCUCGGGAAUUGAGAGAAAAAGAAGCCAGGGAAAGACAAGCUCGGGAAUUGAGGGAAAGAGAAGCCAGGGAUAGACAAGCUCGGGAAUUGAGGGAAAAAGAAGCCAGGGAACAGAGGGAAAGAGAAGAUAGGGAACGAAGAGAAAGGGAGAAGAAGGCUGAACAGGAAAAGAGAGACCGUGAAAUGAGGGAGACAAGAAAAGCGUACAACCUACCUCAAGAGAGCCAUCCAUCUAGAAACACCAGGAGUUCUUCUCGCAGAGGUCAAUCCCAGGAUUCAGGUAGACAGUCCCAGAAUAGGGAGUCAAGGAGCAAAGACCCAACUUCCAGCUCUCGGGAGCGAAGCAGGAGCAAGGAGCCAAAGGCCACUCCUGCAAAACCCUCCUCCAAACAGACCCCUGUCGCAACUCGAAGCUCCUCGAGGCUGUCAUCUCAACAAAAAUCCUCCAAUAAAUCAGAAGAACCAGGAAAGACCGACAUAGGUGAGGAUCUUGAAGGUGAUAUGGGUGAUGAUUUUGAAGGCGUCAUGGGUGAAGAAGAUUUCUUUGAUCUCGGUACUCUUGGCGAGGGAUUUGAUGUCGUUGAUGAGUAUAUUGGAUGAUCUUUAUUCCAUUUUUUACCUUGAUUAUGUUCUCGUAAGCUCUGUGAUAUUCACUAAAACAAAAACAGAAUGCAGCUGUAUACACCAUCAACUUGGGAAAAUUCGAGACUAAGUGCUAGUAGAAUUUGAUUUGCGUAAUAGAAGAUAUUGCUUUCUUGAACCUUAUUUCUAGAUUUUGGAAGACCUCUUUUCUAACUGCUACAGCCUCUUGUCCUGGUCAUGGCCCGCCAACACCAAAGGCAAACACAGAAUAAAGUGGUCAUUAGAAAACCUAAUUUUAAUUAUCUUAAAAGAUUGUCAGAAGCAGAAAAAGCUGCAGAUUCUGGUGCUUUGAAAGUGUAGUGAAUAAGAUACUAGUAUCAUGUAAAUAAUUAUGUUUUACUCUUGGUUUCUAUCACACCUAAAAUGAAUUUAAUAUGAAAUUUCGAUUGGUAUAAAAGCCAUCAGUAUUUUUUAUUUCUGUAAUCUCUCUUUGCCAGUUGUAAAUAUAUUGUAAUUGUAUUGGGGAGGGAGUUAUUUUGUUUUAUGUAUGUUUAAGUGGUUACCAUUAUUCAGUUGUGGUUAUUGACUGCAUUGUUAAUGAAUGAACAUGAAGAGGGAGAUACUGGAGACCAAGUUCAAUCAAAAAAGGUAUCUAGUUUCAAGAAAUUAGUUUUAAAUCUAAUAUCUGCAACUCUAUUUUUUCGUGAAAAAUGUUGAAGAUUUUGACAAUUUUAUUGGGUUGAUUUAUCUCUGUUGAUAAUGUAAACAUAACAAAUGAAUGAAUAUCAGCAUUAUUAUUUAGAUGAAAUUACAUAAUUGACAUUUUUACUUUUUGUUUGGGGAUGGGGAUUAAUUUCGAAUUAAUCAGAUAUGCAAAAUGCUUUAGGUUUAACAAAGUCUGUUUCAAAAUGUUAAACUCUUCGUAUUCGUUACCCGGAGAAAACAUGCUAUCAUGAAUUCAUGAAGGUUGGUCUAGGUGUCAAAUUUUGCAGUUCACCGAGGAAAAAGAAGAUAUUUGAAAAUUGGUGAGCCGGGACUGCAGACUAGGUUCAGAGCUGACAAAAAAUUGCAAAUAUGUCGUUUGUCCAGAGUCAAGGAUGACACUGCUGCCUAGACUCACUGAUUAUCGAUAAAGACUGCUUUGUCAUGAAGGGCUUUUGACAAUAGAUUUUCAAGGUUCCAGAAAGUGUUUGCGUAGUUGUUGUGAAAACUCCCUAAUUACACAUCUGACAUCACGUUCAAGUGAUCCACUUUGAAUAAUGGGCAAAAUUACCCAAUUUUACAAAAUGCAGAUUGAGCACUGACGUGUGAAUAAAUAUGCUAGUAAGUCAAAUCUCGGGAUCACAGAAAUCUGUUUGACUUACACGAAAUUUAACUAAAUAGAUUUGACUAACACAUGCUCUGACUAGGGUUAUUAUUUUGCUUUUGGAAGAUCGACUUUUGCCAAGUCUUACUGAAGGUGUUUUCCCCACCUUCGAAAAUUGACAUUACUCACAAACUUAAUGUUUAUUUAUCUUCGUUUAAUUUUUCAACAAAAUAGGAUUUCUUUACCCUGGGAUUCAAACUUUUCAUACAGUUAUGUUUUCGAUGAAAAUAUCGAUGCCCAUGACUUUUUAGACCAAUACCAUGCAAAAUUAAUGUACCUCUCUCUGCCCCUCUCACUCCUCAAGUGUGCUUGCAUUUCUGAUUUUGACAUGUACAUACAUUCUCUACUGUUUGUAUUAUGUUUUUGUUUUCUCACUGCUGCAAGCACAAUCAUGAUUUAUGAAUAGCAGACACCUUCCUUGGUAAGAAGAUCGUUUCAAAUUGUUGAAAACAACAAAAAAGACACUGAAUGAAUGUAUUGAUAAUGUACUAUGUAUACAACAUUCAUGUUGAGCUCGGCUAACAAUUUCAUGAAAACUAAUAAAUGUUAUGCGAAGUUUACAAUGAA